AUGCCUGGUAUGCGACUGGACUUUUUGAAAAACCCUUCGCAACGGGCUGCGACUGGAAAGUCGAUGCCAUUGAAGCAGGUGGAGGCUGUUCUGCUGUACGGUAGGCCGGAGCAGCGGGCUAAAGUGGUGCAAAAGAUCUUACCGAACGCGUAUGCACUUUGUUUGAGCAAGGCAUCACACCAUUUGUUGCUCUCAAUUCUUGCGAAGUGUGACGGGCUGAUACGGGUGCAGAUGCUCUACCAUUUACGUCGCAAGAUCAGAGAUCUCUCCUUCUCCCCGGUUGGUAAUACUAUUGUUCAGGAGAUGCUGGAGAAACUUCCUAUUCAGCAAAGACGGGAGAUUGCAGAGGUAUUUGUUCUCAACGCCGAAGCGGAUGAGUUUCGCCGUCUCUGUGAACAUCCAUUCGGUAACCACGUGGCACAAAAAAUUAUGGAGCACCCCAGUUCUCGUGAGGUGCUGGAGGAGCGUUUCGUGCCGCAUAUUUCCUUUCUAGCAGUACAUCCAUAUGGGCAACGUGUGGUUGUGAAGUACAUGGAAUCUACCGAAGAAGGAUGGCGGGCUGUUUCGAGGGCACUCUUUGGCACGGAUGAGGAACGGGACGUAGAGGAGGGCAAAAUUGCUCUUCUGUUUCAACCCCUUGACGACAAUAUGACGGUAUCUGCGCUUUUAAGGCAUCCACUGGUUUCUGUCUCUGUGAAGGAUGCUAUUUGCGCCCACCUUUGCGAGUACGCAGCUGAAUAUUUGAAUUCGAGGAAGGAGACAUCUGCUGCCACUGCCGCGGCCCAAGCGGAGGAGGAUGAAUUCCCCCUGCCCGAUUUUGGGUACGCCAAAUUGAAAAAGGACGAGGCCAAACACGAUUUUCCGCGCCACUAUCACGCCUACGUGACAGUGUUUGGGUACGGCGAUAUUGCGCAAAGGAAGGAAAUGUGGGAAAGUUUACGCUCUGUCACCGGCCUGAUUGAACGCAUUGUUUCACACAAGACAGCCGUUGCUAUAGCGGUCGCUGCAUUCAAGACACUCCCAGAAAGCCAAGAAAGUCUUUGGGCGGCGACCACGAUGAUGCCAAACGGGACGGUAAUUGACGUAAUUCAAUUGGCACGAGACCCCGCGCGCACCAUGCUGCUUCGUGCGAUGAUAGAGUCUUGUGGCUAUUUACUAACCGCAGACCAGAGAAAACGCCUGGCGGGGGCUGCACUUG